UUCGUCGAGAUAAGUUGUUUUGAUUCUACUUUCUUGCCCGAAACAGAGUCUCACUGGACGUGGUCUCUGAAUUCCCACAUUGUAGACCCACAAUCGUAGCCCUAUUACGAAUUCAUGCUGCGUUCAUUACUGGGGAUACGGGGAAUUGAAAGCGACAGAAUCAAUUUCGUGUGUGUUUUUAUAUUCAUUCAGACUCCAGACACAUUUUUUUUUCGAACACAGAAUAUGUGGCGCUAAUCGGAAAGUGAAAUUUGGAUUUAUAUUCAAUUGAAGAAGUUAUCACUCACACGCGAAGUGAGAAUGAAGUUCCAUCUCGGUGCCCUCAUCGUGCUAUCACUGUUUGGAUACUGCCACGUAGCUCCCGCGUUUGGUGACGCCUUCCAGUUGGGUACUGAACAAACCUACAGAUACCAGAGCGAGGUACGGGCGGGUAGUGCAAGAAAUGCAUCACGCACGGUUGGUUAUAUUGUGAAGGGGAAGGUCCACGUGGCCACAGUGUGGGGCGAUGAUGAACACAAGCUGUUGCGAUUUAAGAUUUCCGAUAUCGUCCUGCACACUGUCCCAGGAGAUGUCACCCACAAGACCACACUUUCAGCCGUAAGCACUUCCCCAUUCUACGCCCACUGGAAUCUUGGGCAUGUGAAAACUUUGUACACCAGCAUACGCGAGGAUGUUUCGUUGGUCAAUUUCAAAAAAGGGAUCGCUUCCCUGUUCCAGUAUCAACUGUUAGACGGCAGCUACGUAGAAGUUGAUCCUUCGGGAACGUGUGAUGUACAGUACACUUCCUACUCGUCAACCCGCUACCACAAAGCAAAAACCAACUGUAAAUUCCCCGGCGAUCGAUUCGAACGAACCGAGUAUCCGCUUCGAAGUUUGGGCCGAAACUCACGUAGCACAGAUCUCACUGUUGGUACGGAAGGAACGCUGGAAAAGGUAGUAGCGCAAGACUACCUCAAGUAUGUGGUUAACGCGUACGAUAAUGUGGGUGCGUUUAUUGAAGCAGUCACGAAACUUGACCUGGAAGGAAGUGCGGAUGGGGUGAAUUCAUGGCCAGGCACAUCAAUCGAGGAGGUAGUUAAACAGAUCAAUCUCGAAGAGUAUACGUUGACCUCGCAAGAAUUCGGACCCAAAAAAUGUGAAGGAGUAAACUGUCACGGGCUUGUAAAACUAAUUAAGAACUUCAAAAAUAGUCUCACAAAUGAACAAAUCGGCAAACAGGAUGCGUCUGCCGCUUUAAUAGAGCUAGUACAGCUGGGUCGUAAAAGCUCUUCGGAAGAAUUAAAUCGCAUCAUAAAGGCGAAAACACUACAAGAGCAGAAAGGUCAACUGUUGGAUCUGUUGGGAGCCAUUCAAACUGUUGAAUCUCAUGCUGCUGCCAAGAGCAUACUCACGUACGAAACAGACGAAGAACUGUUUCUGGCAGAGAGGUAUCUUCAAGCUUUAGCGGUCGGUAGUCGUCCCAAGCGAACGGUUAUUCAGGAUUUGCUUGCGAUGGCCGAGAAGAAACCGACCAAUGAUAAGUUCUACGACACGCUUGUACAAACUAUCGCUUCGAUGGCACACCGCUACGCCAGGUUACCAAGUAAUUCAUAUGAUACUGAUCUGGUUGAGAUGGUAAAGGAAUUUCUACUGAAACGAUUGGAAGAAUGUCGCAAGGAUAGUUGUAAACAGAAAUACAUCCGGGGAUUUCACAACCUCAAAUCACCGAAAACACUGGAAGUGCUGGUAAAGCUGGCACUGGAGGGCAGUCCCAAAAUUAGUGUGACUGCCAUGAAGGCGUUGAGAUCAUUUUCCGUGUUCGUAUGGGAUGACGAUUUCAAAGCGAUAUUUGAGGAUAUUUUCUUUCAAGCUUCCAAGAAAUUUGAUUCCAGUGCUCGAGCCUUGGCAUUGGAUAUCCUAUUGGAUCUUAAACCGGAUACAGAAGAAUUAACACAUAUAAUGCAGUACCUCAAAUCAAAAGAUAAGGUAUAUGAGGUUAAACAGUACCUUCUCCAGAAGCUUCAUAUGCUGGCAAGUCGUUGUCCAGACUUUGCUGAAAUGCUGAAAAAGAUUGUCCGUCGAGACCCGAAGUUGAACAACUAUCAUGUAAUCGGCGCUAGAGGAUUAUCUACAGCACUUACCAGAACAUAUUCAACGGCUCCAUCGUUCAAUUCUUCGCUAGUAUCUCUCCAAGAGAUGAGCGGAGGGGUUUUGAAGCGUGGCAUAGUGGAUCUCACAUUGGAAGCAGAACAAGAACAAUUCAGCAUGUUCACUUUGGGACUUUUUGCAGGUGGAUUGUCCUCUUUUGUUAGCAGCGGAGAUAACGAAGAGAUUGAAGAUGACUCCGAUUCCAUUGCUGGAAUGGAAUUAACGGUACAAUCGUCGGUUCUGCGUCCAUUGGUUUUCUUCGAUGGUAAAGGUGAACUGAUGGGACACGUGUGGAGUGGAACUGCAUCGGAACCCACUCCAGCAUAUCAAGCCACUACGCUGCUACAGGAUAACGAAGAACGUUUCCCAUUGCAAAAUGGAGCUGCUGUGAAACUGAGUACGAUAGGGGCCAUUUCGAUUGAUCUUAAUGGGCAGGUGACUAUGAGUCUCUGGGGAAGGAACGCCCACUCGAAGGUUGAACAAAACACUGGAAUCGCUGUUCAUGGAAGUCUUUCGUUGGAAACUUCCUUCGUUGGUUUGAGUGUAGAUUUCAAUAUGGCUCAAGAGCCACAGCUGCACCUUACAUCCGAUUUGGACUUUUCUUCAGAAUCAGCUCUCUGCAUGCAACUGAUGCAGCCGAAUAGCGUCCUCACCUACAAGGUGACGAAUCGGGUAUUCAUCCCGGAAGCGAGAUAUCAAAAAGUGCUUACCACCAAAAUCACACACAACAUUCCCGGCUACACACACGCGCUGAAUCAGAAAAAUAACGCUAUGUGCAAUCUUAUUGCCAGCAGUAGUUGACCAACAUUAAUGAGAGUUAGGAAUCUCGAGCCCAAAGCUACCAUUUUGCUCCCAAAAAUUACCGUUUAGGAUGAAGUAAAAGUGUGAAAUGUGAAUGUGUUGUGUGGUUGAUUAAUAACAAAAAGCUACGUAGAAAUUAGAUUGAGUAAAUUCAUGAUUUAAUAUAGUAUGAGUUUCAUUUUGAUACAUAA